AUGCGUUCUCUGCUGGCGGUAACGAGCUUGGCCAUCCUGGCGUUGAGCGACAGUUAUGCAACUGCAUCGUCAACAGCCAAAGGCAAUGCCACAGACUCGCACACAGUGCCGACCUCGAACGGACUGAUUACCGGCCACCCGGCAUCAAACAGCUCCGAUGUUCUCGAGUUUCUCGGUAUUCCCUAUGCGAAACCUCCAGUCGCCGACCUACGAUUUGCUCCACCGCAGAGAUUCAGAGGCAAUGGGUCAUUUGAAGCAUCUCACUUCGGCUUCGACUGCCCACUUUCGCCCUCUCGCCAAGUCGACUACCCGAACAUGACAGCCCAAGCGCAGCGCAUCAUUGGAUACUUCGCUUCUGCUGCCGGGACGCCUCAAAGCGAGGACUGCUUGACGUUGAACAUCUGGACAAAGCCGACAGCCAAAGCUCUCACCGCUACCAAACCAGUCAUUGUCUUCUUCUACGGUGGACGUUUUGCCAUUGGCAACACAAACAGCCCUUUCUACAAUGGCAAGUACUUUGCAGAUGCACAGGAUGUCGUCGUAGUCACAGUCAACUACCGUAUCAACAUCUUCGGGUUCCCGGGUGCCCCAGGCCAGCCUCAGAAUCUCGGCUUGAGAGACCAACGCGCCGCCCUGGAAUGGAUCCGCGACAACGUUGCCGGCUUCGGCGGUGACCCGACAAAGAUCACCAUCGCGGGCCAAUCCUCCGGUGGCGUCGCCGUGGACUACUGGUCGUACGCUUACGUCAAGGAUCCCAUUGUCAACGGCCUCAUCGCAACAUCUGGUAAUGCCUUUAGUUUCCCGCUCAACAGCCCAAAUGUGACUGUGCGGAACUGGAACACCGUCGUGGCGGCUGUGAACUGCACUAAUACCACCGAUUCUAUGGCAUGCAUGAGAAGUCGGAAGUGGGAGGAUCUCAAAGCUGCAGCCGCUGCCAUCAGGCCGGCGUCUUCCAGCAGUGUUCUUCGAGGGAUCCCGCCAUUUUACCCUUCGAUUGAUAAUAAGAUUGUUUUCCCCGACUACGUCUCCUUGAUGCAAUCUGGCAGGUUCGCCAAACUAGGUCAGGCUCGCUUGGACAAUAAUGUCCCGGCGUGGGUCUACCGCUACUUUGGAGAUUGGGAUAACACAAGACUCUUCCCGACAAGCGGUGCGUAUCAUGGUGUGGACUUGCACAUGAUAUUCGGCGCUUCAGGGGAUGUGAGUGGAAUUCCGCCGUCCGGUCCGCAGAAGGAAACCACUGCACUCAUGCAGAGCGCAUGGGCGGCCUUCGCCAAAGAUCCGGCGGAUGGCUUGAGUUCGGUCCUCGGAUGGCCAAGGUAUGAUCCAGAGGAGGAAUCACUGGUUCUCUUGGCGGUUGACAACAAUCCUGAGCCACAGUUCGUCAAGCCCAGCACGUUCGAUGCGCCGUGUUCUACAAUUACCUUGGGAUCGUUGGGAACUGCGGUACCCUCUUCAUAA